GACACCGCAAGUACGCGCUCGCAGGCGAGUUCGUGCAACUUCGAGCCAACCCGACCCGGACAGUGGCAAUCCAGUGGCAAUGCAGUACCGCACACCGACGUCCAUCUUAAUUUGUUUCUGUUUGCUGUGCCACAUAGCUCUAUGUGCACCGAACGAUGGAAAGUAUAACCCGAGAAAGUACAACAAAAAUGGAAAAUACGUGCACAGAGGUGAAGACUACGUGGAGGAUCUGAGCCGGUACCGGUACGUGCACUAUGACGAUGGCGAUCGCGGAAGGUACUACCACAUACACAUACCGUAUGAUGGUGGUUACGGCAACUAUGAGGGUGGCCACGAGCCCUACCGAUUCCCACCGUACGACCCAGCCGGAGAGUAUGCCGAACAAGUGAAUAAGUAUUCGUACGAUCCUUUCCGAGCGGAUUCGUACGAUAUCAAGAAACCAUCCAUCUAUCUUGAGUACGGUAUACCUUCGGUGUCCGAAACUAACACCGCCUCCAGUGUAGUGGAUGUCCGGAAGUCGUUACUGUCCGGACCAGGAACGGCAUACCUACCCGUACCAGCAUCAGGGGAACUCGACGUUCGUCAGUCACUUCUUCCUGGGCCUGGAACGGCGUACCUUCCUGUGGUGUCUCCCAAAGAACAGAGUCUUGCGAUCGGCUCCUCCGAAAAACGAUCAAAAAUCCUUCCCCAUCCUAAUAGCAUCGACAGUAUAGAUCACCUCACAACGGCUGCGAGCUCCGAUCGUAACUCCGUGCGUGCUACGACAACACAGCCUCCGAUCGAGACGACUACAGUGCCUAAUAUACUAACCGAUCGGUCCGAUCCGAUCAAUGACAGUUCGCUGCACAGCCGUCCCUGCUUUGCCACCAGCGCCCCACUAAAGCUCUCCAAAACGUGACGAGUGAAUGAAAGCUUCAGCGAGCUUUUACGGAUUCACCGCGUAGCUGCGAUGAUCCAUUUAGGUUAGUUGAUAAGCGGUUCGUGCUCUGUAUUUUGAAAGUUGUUGCCCCAUAAACAUAUUCCCC